CCUCCUUCUCACUUCUUAUCUCAGCCCUCUCGACCGCACUAGUUUCGAGCUGAUCUACAUUUGCCCAGCCGAUCGCUGCGACCUCUUCACUUCCCGAAAUCACGACUUGGCAGAGAGAAAACGACCAACAAUCAUUCGACAGACUACACAUUCGUGUCCACUUUCAUCUGGACCAGAAAGAGCGUCACCACAGAAGGCGAACGUGUAGAGUUCGCAUGCAAGUUCGUGCUUUUCCGUGAUUUAUUGUCGUCGUCGUCGACAACGCUUGGCACCUUUUUGCCAUCCUUUUCCAGUAUGACAGCCUACGAGCCAUGCCGGCACAGUCCGCUCGUCGGCCUUCCCGAGGAGCUGUUGGAUGACACGCACGCUUUCCUUGAAGCUCAGCCUUCACCACAGACUGAAAGUCGCACCCACCUUUUUGCAAUGGUCAGACAAGAUCAUCCGUCGCUCACGAGCCGUCAGAUCUGGCUUGCGAUCUGUCCCUUUCGCUCCUCGGCUGUUAUGCACGCAGCGACAUCGUUGGAAGCACGUAAGCAGCAUGAAGAGAUGAUCUCCCAUCUACAUGCCUGGUUUACUCGCGAGCCUCUCGAUCGGGCUUCUUUCGCCUUGUGGAGUCUGGCGACGAUGACCAACAUUUUCACCAGUGCCAGCCGCUCCGAAGAGGACUUUCACGGGCAAUUCGAAGUCAGAGGCGUCCUCCUCGCCCUUGCCACGGCCGAUGUCGAAGAGGUCUUUCAAAAGGGGAGCGUGUCUGAUCUGCAAGUCCUCGCGCAGAGGCUCAUGCGAACCGAAGAUGCUAUUACUGCCCGUAGCCCUUGGGAAACGAAAAUGGCUGCCAGAAAGGCUCUUGCUCGGCGAAGUCUUCAGUCGGCUCCGUAGACGAGUUCAUGUUUUAUUUCCAGGCAGCAGGGACAGUAUUCUUCAUUCCCUCAUUUAUCUUCCUCUUCUAGGACCCUCAAGGAACAAUCUCUUCGUUUGUUCUCGCUCCCUUUUUCAUGUAUCAUCGAAAUUGUAGCUUCCCCGCCUCUUUGGCAAUCGUUCUUCUA